AUGUUCGGUACUACAGCUCGCUCGGUACUGCGACGAAGCGUCGUCUCUACCCCUCUCACCCGCCAAUCCCGAACCCUCUUCAUCUCCGCAGCAAAGCCGCGAUGGAGCCUCAAAUCGACCGCCCUGCGAUGGGUCGCCCUCGGUGGAGUAAUCUACUACUACGGCACGUCUAGCGCUUUCGCCGAAGAGCCGAAAUUCAUCGAAGAACGGCCGCCACAAUCUACAAUCGACGAGGAGCGUCCCCCAUCGCUGAUCGACGAUGUCAGAAAGGCGGCGAAGGAGAGGCAGGGGCAGGCAACUGAGGGCGAUGAGGACUCGGAACACGUGUCACCCACCGUCAAAAGCGAGGCGAACGGCGCACCCGUGGCGCAGCCCGGUAGCAAGGAGGUGGGAUCGAUUGAAGCCGGAGCUGGAGAACUGGCGGAAGAGGCUGGACAGGAGGGCGCCUUUAACCCUGAGACUGGGGAGAUCAAUUGGGACUGCCCUUGCUUGGGCGGAAUGGCACAUGGACCUUGUGGAGAGGAUUUCAAGGCGGCUUUCAGCUGCUUCGUUUACUCGACAGCUGAUCCUAAGGGUGUUGACUGCGUCGACAAGUUCAAGGCUAUGCAGACUUGCUUCCAGGCGCACCCCGAAAUCUACGGUGCCGAGCUCGAUGACGAUGAGGACGAGUUAGACAUUGAGAAGCCGGUAGACGCACAGGUUGAGGAGCCGCAAGAGUCGCGUGUUGAGAGGCCAGAGAUCACAGAGGUCGAUCCGACGCCGAGUGACGCGCCACUUAAGGACAAGAAACCGGAGGACAAGCCGGAGGACAAGAAGCCGGAGGACACACAGUAG